CGUUGAUAUGACAUCAUCAUUACUAACACGAUUCAGAGUGAUGGCGUUGGCCAAGGUUGUCUUUUGUCCUUGUCCUUCAUCUACAUCGCGGCGCUGUAGUAUUCUCAGUCAUUCUUUUUGACAUCAACCUGAAACCGUGCCGAGUCCCAUUUGGAAUUGCCCCUUAUCAACGGAUAUGAGAGCCGUACUGAUCAAAGACGACAAAGGACCGCUCGAGAACCUCUUCAUUGGGGAUGUUGAGACGCCAGCUCCCUCGGAACGGCAGAUUCUUGUAAAAAUCAAGGCUUUCGGGCUGAAUCGUAUGGACAUACUCCAGCGAGAAGGAAUGUACCCGGUUCCGCCCGGAGCCUCUACGAUUCUCGGUGUUGAGUUUUCGGGCUAUGUCGCAGCCCUUGGACCCAACCUCUCCGGAAAUUGGAAGGAGGGUGAUGAGGUCUUCGGCAUUGCCGCAGGCGGUGCAUACGCAGAGUAUAUUGUCGUGAAUGAAACUCACCUGAUAUCCAAGCCUUCGUAUUUGUCCUGGGCCGAAGCUGCCAGUAUUCCCGAAGUGUUUCUAACCGCCUUUCAAGGAAUUACAGUAUACGGAGAACUCAAGCCUGGAGAAAGUGUUUUGAUACAUUCCGCUGCAUCUGGCGUUGGUAUCGCCGCUAUUCAAAUGGCCCGUUCACUCGGCGCGAAGAAUGUCGUCGCCACCGCAUCUACGAAGGAAAAGCUCGACUGGCUGCUUUCAAUCCCAAACGGCGCGACACUCGGAGUCAAUUACAAGACUCAGAAUUUUGCGGCCGAAGUACUCAAAAUCACCGAGGGGACGGGAGUCGACGUUAUUCUUGACUUCGUUGGUCAGACUCAUUGGAACAAGAAUAUCAAUUCGCUUGCCAUCGAUGGCCGCAUGACGAUAUUUGCCUUCUUAAGUGGUUCUACGGUCCCAUCUGUGGACCUGCGGCCUAUCCUGUCGAAGCGCCUCCGUAUCCAGGGUUCUACCCUAAGGGCCCGUAGCCUGGAAUAUCAGGCGGACUUGAUCACCCGUUUGAGGGACCAAUUUUUAGGAGACGUUACUGGAUGCGAAGGAAAUGGUCCUAUCAAGACGUACAUUCAUAAGGUUUAUAAUUGGAAUGAUAUUCGAGAGGCCCAUAGGGAAAUGGAGGCGAACAAGAAUAUAGGGAAGAUAGUUGCUGAAAUCGCGUAA